GCUUCUUGGACUUAAAUACUAAGAUUCAGAGGAUAUUCUGAGUGAGUUGAUCAUGGUUUUCCUGUAAGUUUAAGAAGAGGUUGUGCCUUUGAAAUUGAAAAUUGAAAAGAAGAUAGUUUCAAUUCAUAUCUUGAGGUUGGGAAAGAGAAGAUGAAGAUCCUUCGUUCUUUCUGGAAUAGUCCCACAGGCCUCAAAACAACGCAUUUUUGGGGUCCUACCUUCAACUGGGCCCUUCCUCUUGCGGCAGCAAUGGACACAAAAAAACCACCGGAAACCAUUUCUGUCAAUAUGACUGCAGUUAUGUGUGUUUAUUCAGCAUCGUUCAUGAGGUUUGCUUGGGUGGUGCGACCGCGCAACCUUCAUCUUCUCGUAUGUCAUAUGACCAAUGAGACUAUGCAAUUAUAUCAACUCUCUCGGUGGAUCAGAGCUCAAAGGGUGGAACAGAGCAUAGAGGAAGCAAAUGCAGAGUGAAAUAUAUUUGUUUAAACUCUCAAGGUGAAAGAAAAUGUGUUCUAGCUUUAAAAAACAAGUCCUUCUAUCAGUCAUCAUAUACUCUUUUUUCUGUUUUAAUAUGCUUGUAAUAUUGUCAUAAUGUAACUUCUUUUAUAAUAAAAUUGUACUUUAAAUUUGAUA